AUGCCAGAACAUUUUACAGGGCGAUCAGUUCUUGUGCAUUGCACCGAUGGCUGGGAUCGAACAACACAGAUCGUUACAUUGGCCAAAGUGAUCGCUGAUCCAUAUUACCGGACAACUGAGGGAUUCAAGAACUUGAUCCGUCGUGAUUGGAUCGAUUUCGGCCACAAGUUCGCUGACCGCAUGGCAUUCGAAAACAGCGUGAGCGCAGAGGCGUCGCCAGUUUUCUUACAGUGGUUGGAUUGCGUCCACCAGUUGCACCAUAUGCACCCAGACGCUUUUCAGUUUACUUUAAGUUAUCUGACCAAACUGGCUCUCCACUGUUACUCGGGUUUGUUUGGUACAUUUCUGUGGAACAGUAAUUACGAGCGACGGAAUUUCAAGAAGGCUAAUGAUGAUAUGGAGACUUUGUCCCUUUGGUCGUUCCUGAAUGACUCGAAGCCGGAAUUUGGCAAUGUCAUCUAUGACCCAAGGAAAAGUCAGCGACGAUUGCACAUUUCGCUACGAGUUGAGGAUAUGCAGAUCUGGAAGCAAGUAUAUGUGGGGCCAUCGGUCGAGCGUCUCAUCAGUGUGAGUUAA